CAAGGCGAGGCAAUGUACUUCCGGGUAAAAACAUGGCGUGUUUCAUACACGUGAGUUAAACAUCAAUUUGCUGCUGAAGAAUUGAAUGAAUUAAGAGUAAGGUAACGUGGAUAAUUGCAAAAUAUAAAACAUGGCAUCAACGGAGGACGACUUUCCACGUGGGGGUAUAAUUAAGAAGCCGGCUGGAACCCAAUCCGUGAGACAACAUGUUGAAGUGGACAAUUUGUUCGAGGUGCGUGAACCAGAACAAAAAAAGAAAAGAAAGUCUACAAAAGAGGGGGAUGAAAUCAAGGCAAAGAAGAAGAAGAAAAACAAAGAAGGCAGUCUGAAAUUAAAUGCAACCAGCCAGAUUGAUAUUCUCCAUUUUAAGAGCCUCAAGGUGGGGACCCUUCUUCUCGGCUGUGUGAAGGAGGUCACUAACUUCGAGGUGACGGUCAGUCUCCCCAGCGGCCUCACUGGCUACCUCCCUAUCGCCAACAUCUCCGAGUCCUACACCAACAUCCUGUCUGAGCAGCUGGACGCCGGGCACAAUCUCGACGAAGUUUUGUCUCUUCCCUGCCUGUUCUCUCCGGGAAUGCUCAUCCGAUGUGCGGUGUCUAGUCUGGAGACUGCGAAGGCGGGCCACGUGAGCGUCAAGCUAACGGUCAACCCAAAGGACGUGAACAAAGGCUUGAGUUCAGGCGCUCUGAAAGCGGGCAUGCUGCUCAGUGGCUGUUUGGAAAGCAUUGAGGACCAUGGCUUCCUGGUUGACAUUGGCCUCAGUGGAACCAAAGCUUUCUUACCGAAAGCAAAGGACGACUCCAAAUCUUCCACUCAGGCCGAUCUGAAGGUGGGCCAGUACCUGCUGUGCCUGCUGGAGGAGGUGAAACAUGAGGGUCGGGUGGUGCGUCUCUCUCUGAACCCCACGGCCAUCGCACGGGCCUGCGCGGACCCCCAGCAGGGCUGGACUCUCACCAGCCUGCUCCCCGGCCUGCUGGUCAAAGCACAAAUCAAGGAGGUGUCUCCACACGGGCUGAUCUUGGAGUUCCUGUCCUCCUUCACGGGCUCCGUGGACUUCAUGCACGUUGACGCGGACCAGAUAUCCAGCUACAGUAUUGGAGAUAACGUGAAAGCCUGCGUUCUUUACGUGGAGCCCUCCACACGCACCGUCAGUCUGUCGCUGCGCAGCCACCUGCUGCAGCCAGGGGGCGCCGUGGACCCGGUGAUGAGUGAGAGGAUUGGCGAGGUGGUGAGAGGCUGCAAGAUGGCGUCCAUGCACUACCACUCCGGGGCUCUGAUGGAGCUGCCGGGGGCGCUGCUGGCCUUUGUGCACAGAAAGCAGACCAAAGAGCCCAAAGAGAAAUUCAACCCAAACCGCAUCAUGGCGGCCCAGGAGCAUGACUGCCGGAUCACUGGCUUCAGCCCCCUGGAGCAGAUACACCUGGCCAGCCUGCGCAGGAGCAUCAUUGAGGCCACCUUCCUCAGAUACGAGGACCUUCAGCCUGGACAGAUUGUGGAAGCCACAGUGACCUCCCUGCAGAGCUUUGGCAUGGAGGUGAAGCUGUCCAACCACGUUAAAGGGAUGGUGCCCAGGACCCACCUGGCGGACAUUUUGCUGAGUAAUCCAGAGAAGAAGUACAGCGUGGGAAACCGAAUCAAGUGCCGGGUGCUGACGGUGGAGCCUCGUUUGAGGAAGCUGGUGAUGACGAGGAAGAAGGCCAUGCUGGAGUCCACUCUGCCCCUGAUCCGCACCUACGCCGAGGCCCGGGUCGGGCGCGUCUCCCACGGGUUCGUCGUCUGCGUCAAGGACUUCGGCUGCAUCGUCCGUUUCUACGGCAACGUGAAGGGCCUGGUGCCCACGCGCGAGCUCACGACCGACGCCGUGGUCGUCCCGGAGGAGCUGUUCUACGUCGGACAGGUUCUUAAGGCCAAGGUCCUCUCAUGUGAUGCCGACCAGGAGAAGCUACUGCUGUCAUUCAAGGCAGUCAGCGAGGGGGAGACGGAAGCUCAAGAGAACUAUAGCUUUGAAAUGGGAAAGAAAGUGGACGCGAGGCUCGUAAAGAAAGUUCCGGGCAGUUUAGGGGUGUCCAUCCUUCCCGAAGAGGCCUCGGCCCUCCUGCCCGCCUCGCACCUGUCCGACCACGUGUCAAACUGCUCCCUCCUCUGGGAGGCGCUGCAGGAGGGCGACGUGAUCUCCAACCUCUCCUGCCUCAGCCAUAAGAAACCCAGCAUCAUGCUGACUAAGAAGCCCUUGGUGAAAGCCGCUCUGGAGGGCGGCGCUGUCGCCAGGGAGUUUUCUGACAUCCAGGUGGGGAUGGAGCUGAUUGGCUGGAUCAAGAACAUCAUGCCUUACGGGGUGUUCGUGGAGUUUCCCCACGGCCUCGUGGGUCUGGCGCCAAUAUCCGCCAUGUGCGACCGGUUCCUCGCCAGCACGGCCGCGCCCUUCCAGCCGGGACAGACGGUGGUCGCCAAGGUUACCAACCUGGACAAGGAGAAGCGGAGGUUCCUGGUGACCCUGAAGGUGUCUGAGGUUGGGGGCGAGGAGGAGCGGGAGCACACCAGGCUGGUUCAGGGCCUCUUGGAGAGGAAGGCUGUGACUGAAAUGAUGGCCACUAGAGGCGAAUGUGAACUCCUCCAGUUCCUCUCCACUCUGACGCUGGGACACAAGCUGAAGAUGACGGUCGGAGAAGUGAGGGAUGAUGGGACGGCAAAGCUUGUGGCAGACCAACACAAGGACGCAACAGUAUUGGUCACAAAGUACCAUUUAACCGGCGUGACCGUCACACCAGGCCAGAAGGUCACUGGCGUUGUCCUCCAUGUAGACCUCUUGACCUCUCACGUCUAUGUUUCCCUCCUUCCACGCCUGGUGGCAAAUAAAAUUUCUCAGCUUCAGGCCGGUUCAAACCCGCUUGCAACAGUGGAGUACGUGGAUCAAGACUUAUCUGUCAUCUCAUUGGGCGACACUGGUUACCUGACCAUGGUUCAAACCACCACUCAUUUAAAUGCGUUCCCGAGCGAGUCGGAGAAGCUUUGCGAAGGGAAGACCUUCACCGUGACUGUGAAAGAGCCAAGCUGUGAAGAGCUGGGAGGGCUCCCCCUAGUGGCUCGCGGGUCCGUAAAACCCACCAAGGCGAAAUGUAAAACAAACGUCUCGGAUGUCACGAACGUCCCCGCCGCGGCCGGCCCAGUUCCCGAGGGCCCGAAGCACGCUUACCGCGUGGGCGACACGGUGUCUGGAACCGUGAAGUCUGUGCGGCCCACUUCGGUCCUCGUGUCCCUGGAAAAUGGCGUGGCGGGCAGCAUUCACGUCUCGGACAUCAAGGAUGCGGUGACGCCGGGCACCUUCCCCACGUCCUCCCUGAAGGUGGGCAGUACUGUCACAGCCCGCGUCAUCGGAGGGAAGGAGGCUCGGAGCCACAGGUUUCUGCCCAUCUCCCACCCCAACUUCACCUUCUCAAUGCCUCAGCUGACACUUCUGCCAAGUAAGAUGAAAGAAGAUGCUGAUCUCCAGCACUUAAGCACUAAAGAGCAGCUGAAGUCGUACCUGCCCGGGGAAGAUGUCAUCUGCUUUGUGACUAAGCUUGACAAACAGAAGAGUUGCUUGGAGGUGACCCUGACCGCAUCCACCAAUGGGAGCGUGGAAUUGUUGGCAAUGACUCUCGAUCCUAAAGAAGCCAAGCAUCCUGAGAAGUUCUUUAAAAUGGGCCAGGCACUGAAAGCAAACAUCGUUGGAGUCAAUUCCUCAAAGAAGUGGAUUUCUCUCUCUCUCACUGGCGUACACAGCCUGACAGAAGGAGCGAGGACCCUCGGGACCGUCAAGUCGAUUGUGCCGCACGUAGGGCUGGUUCUGACCCUUCCGUUUCGGAGGACGGGCCUUGCGUCAGUACUGGACCUGGCUGACUCCUACAAGCCCAGCCCUCUGGACCAGUACAGCGUGGGCCAGGUGGUCAGGUGCUGUGUCAUUGGACAAGAGAAAGACAAACUGCAGCUGUCUCUGCGUCCCUCCAGGGUCAAUCCUGAAAAGAAGCUUCCGGUGAAAGAUGCUGAAGUGUUGUCCAUCGACAGCCUGAAAGAAGGCCAAACAGUGCGUGGCUACAUCAAAUCUGUAGGAGACCAAGGAGUUUUUGUGAGGCUGUCCAGGACCAUCACAGGCAGGGUCAGGUUCCAGGAGGUCACCAGCUUCUUUGUGCGUGACCACAGCUUGUACGCCAAGCACAUACUCCCGAGUGCCCUGUACACCACCAAGGUGUUGAGUGUGGACAAAGGGACCAACCAGGUGGAUCUGUCCCUGCUUCCGGAAGACACCGGGAAGCCGGACGUGCUCCCGGAGUCUCUGGGGCUCCCGGUGCGGUUGACGGGCGAGGCGAAGGAGAAGCACGACGCCCGGCGGAAGAGGAAGAGGGCUGAGUCGGAGAGCGAGCCGGAUGUAUCGGCGGACAAAAAACUAAAGAAGAAAACAAAGAAAAAGAAGGGAGCGCAAAAGGAGGAGAACGACAGCGGGGUGGAGGUGUACUUCAGAGAGGAGGAGGAGGAGGAGGAGGAGGAGGAGGAGGAGAAAGAGGCGAAGCCAGAUAAGAAGAAGGCUCCAGCGGACCCCGGGGCCCCCGCAGGCCCCCUCAGGCUCCAGGUGUCGGAGGGCUUCUCCUGGGACUCGGCCCUCAGCUCUCUGCGGCCGGCCACGGCCACGGCGGGAAUCGCAGCGGACUCCAGCGGCGAUGAGGGCGAGGAAGAGCAGGCCAAGCCCCAGAAGAAGAGUCGGAGGGAGAAGCAGCAGGAGAAGCAGCGGGAGGAGAAGGAGCUGUCGCAGCUGGAGAGCGAGCUCAUGGACCCGGGCAGGAGGCCCCAGAGCUCGGCCUCCUUCGAGCGGCUGGUCCUCUCCUCCCCCGACAGCUCCCUGGUGUGGCUGCAGUACAUGGCCUUCCACCUGCAGGCCACCGAGAUCGAGCAGGCCCGGGCGGUGGCCGAGAGGGCCCUCAAGACCAUCUCCUUCAGGGAGGAGCAGGAGAAGCUGAACGUGUGGGUGGCCCUGCUGAACCUGGAGAACCUGUACGGCACGGAGGAGAGUCUGCGUGGCGCCUUCGAGCGGGCGCUGCAGUUCUGCGAGCCCCUCCCCGUCUACCAGCAGCUCGCCGACAUUUACGCCAAGUCUGACAAGCACAAGGAAGCGGAGAACCUGUACAAGAACAUGGUGAAGCGUUUCCGGCAGGAAAGGGCAGUGUGGAUGAGCUACGGCUCCUACCUCCUCCGACAGGGCCAGAGCGACGCUGCCAACGCCCUCCUGCAGAGGGCGCUCAAGAGCCUGCCGGUCAAAGAACAUGUGGAUCUGAUUGCAAAGUUUGCUCAGCUGGAGUUCCAGUACGGGGAUGCGGAACGGGCCAAGUCCAUGUUCGACAGAACGCUGACCAGCUACCCCAAGCGCACCGACCUUUGGUCCGUGUACAUUGACCUCAUGGUGAAGCACGGCACGCAGAAGGAAGUCCGGGAUCUGUUUGACCGCGUGAUCCACCUGAGCGUGGCGGUGAAGAGGAUAAAGUUCUUCUUCAAGCGUUACCUGGAGUACGAGAGGAAGAGCGGCACGGCCGAGAGCGUGCAGGCGGUCAAGGAGAAGGCCCUGGAGUACGUGGAGGCCAAGGGCCCGGAGGGAGCCAGCUGAAGCACAGGACUACGGGUGACCCUCACGCAAGGAAUCGCGAACGGACUUCAUAACCUUUCAUAAUCCAUCGUAUCAUAUUUUAUAUGGAAGAGACUCAAACCAUUUGGGUUUUUUUUUUUUUUUUUUUUUUCUCCUAAUGUGUGACUUUCUGAAAAUAAUUACUUGAUUGUACGUGCUCAUUGUUUGUGGUUAACAAAUGAAAUUUUAGACCUGAAAAUGCUUUAAAGAGCUGAUGUAUGGAAUUUUUUAAUAAAAGAAAUGCUGCCAUUUUGUAGCCCUGCCA